AUGAGGAAAAUGCUGGCCGCUGUAUUUUCGGGAAUGGUCCAGAAGCCAGCUCUCAGAGGACUGCUGUCAUCUCUUAAGUUCUCCAACGACAUCACCUGUGACAUUAAGAAAUGCGACCUGUACCGGUUGGAAGAGGGCCCCCCCACCUCGACCGUGCUCACCAGAGACGAGGCCCUCAAGUACUACCGGACCAUGCAGGUAAUUCGGCGCAUGGAGUUGAAGGCCGACCAGAUGUAUAAGCAGAAGUUCAUUCGAGGUUUCUGUCACCUGUGUGAUGGGCAGGAAGCCUGCUGCGUGGGGCUGGAGGCAGGGAUCAAUCCCACGGAUCAUAUCAUCACGUCCUACCGGGCUCAUGGCUUGUGCUACACGCGGGGACUCUCAGUGAAGUCCAUUCUCGCAGAGCUGACUGGACGCAAAGGAGGCUGUGCUAAAGGCAAGGGAGGCUCUAUGCACAUGUACUGCAAGAACUUCUACGGAGGCAAUGGCAUUGUUGGGGCACAGGUACCCCUGGGAGCUGGCGUGGCUUUCGCCUGUAAAUACCUGAAGAAUGGUCAGAUCUGCUUGGCUUUGUAUGGUGAUGGCGCGGCUAACCAAGGGCAGGUGUUCGAAACAUACAAUAUGUCAGCCUUGUGGAAAUUGCCCUGUAUUUUCAUCUGUGAGAAUAACCGCUAUGCGAUGGGAACAGCUACUGAUAGAGCAGCAGCCAGUACUGAUUACCACAAGAAAGGCUUUGUUAUCCCUGGACUGAGGGUGAAUGGGAUGGAUAUCCUGAGUGUUCGUGAGGCCACCAAGUUUGCGGCUAAUCACUGCAGAUCUGGAAAGGGGCCCAUUUUGAUGGAGCUGCAGACCUACCGUUACCAUGGACACAGCAUGAGCGAUCCAGGAGUCAGUUAUCGUACCCGAGAAGAAGUUCAGAGCGUGAGAAGUAAGAGUGAUCCUAUAAUGCUUCUCCGAGAGAGAAUGAUAAACAACAACCUCAGCAAUGUUGACGAAUUAAAAGAAAUUGAUGCAGAUGUGAAGAAAGAAGUUGAGGAAGCAGCUCAGUUUGCUGCGACUGAUCCAGAACCCGCUCUGGAAGAAAUAGCCGAUUACCUCUACCACAAAAAUCCACCUUUUGAAGUCCGUGGUGCACAUAAGUGGCUCAAGUAUACGUCCCGCAGUUAG